GGUCCAUUGAUUUGCUUCUAUAUAAACAAACUAGCACACCCUUCAAUUUUGCAUACAACUCUUCUACCCCUAAAAGUAAUGGCACCAGCAGCAUCAUCACCAACCACUCCUACUACUACCAACAACAAGGGUCGUGUGCUAAUUGUUGGAGGAACAGGUUUCAUUGGAAAAUUUGUAACUGAGGCAAGUCUUUCCACAACACACCAAACCUACUUGUUGGUCCGACCAGGACCUCUUAUGUCUUCUAAGGUUGCCACUAUCAAAACAUUCCAAGAAAAAGGUGCCAUUGUCAUUUAUGGUCGGGUAAAUAAUAAGGAGUUUAUGGAGAUGAUUUUGAAAAAAUAUGAGAUAGAUGUAGUCAUUUCUGCAAUAGGAGGGGCUGAUGGCUUGCUGGAUCAGCUUAUUUUGGUGGAGGCUAUGAAGUCUAUUAACACCAUUAAGAGGUUUUUGCCUUCAGAAUUUGGUCACGAUGUGGACAGAGCAGAUCCUGUUGAACCUGGUCUAACAAUGUACAAACAGAAGCGUUUGGUUAGGCGUGUCAUCGAGGAAUCUGGUGUACCAUACACCUACAUUUGUUGCAAUUCGAUCGCAUCUUGGCCUUACUAUGACAAUUGUCAUCCAUCACAGCUUCCUCCACCGUUGGAUCAAUUGCAUAUCUAUGGUCAUGGCGAUGUCAAAGCUUACUUUGUUGAUGGCUAUGAUAUUGGAAAAUUCACAAUGAAGGUCAUUGAUGAUGACAGAACAAUCAACAAAAAUGUUCAUUUUCGACCUUCAGCGAAUUGUUAUAGCAUGAAUGAGCUUGCUUCUUUGUGGGAAAACAAAAUUGCACGAAAAAUUCCUAGAGUGACCGUCUCUGAGGACGAUCUUCUAGCAAUAUCCGCAGAAAAUUGCAUACCAGAAAGUAUUGUGGCAUCAAUCACUCAUGAUAUAUUUAUCAAUGGAUGUCAAGUUAACUUCAAGAUAGAUGGAAUUCAUGAUGUUGAGAUUAGUACUCUGUAUCCUGGUGAAUCGUUAAGAAGUUUAGAGGAUUGCUACGAAAAAUUUGUUGUCAUGGCGGCUGACAAGAUUCAUAAAGAAGAAACUGGAGUUACGGGCGCUGGCGGGGGCGGCGCAAAGGCUUUGGUAGAGCCGGUGCCAAUCACUGCUUCCUGUUGAAAAGAUUCACCUGAGGUGGAUAUUCUUUUGAGUCAUAAGACAUGCUGAUUGAUUGUUGAUGUUGUUUUCAAGACUGUUUCAUCAUUUCAUGUGUUUGAUUAAUCCUAAUCCUAAGUAGUAUAAAUAAUUGCUGUCUACGGCAAAAAAUUCUUGUUAUUCUGUGUUGAGGUAAAAGUCUUCAUGUAUUGUAAUUGUGUUGCUUUUUCAUGUAUGCUAUUCAAUGAUUUUUGUGGAGCA